ACUAAUUCGGUUAUUACAAACUAGGGGUUGAAGUAUUGAUCAAUGAAUGUAGUAUACAGAACAGAUUGAGAAUUUAAGAAAUUGUGAGAAUUAUUUUGUUAGUUCAGUUACGUUUGUCAAUAAAUUAGUUUAUUUAGAAAGUGUCUGCGAGAAAAAAAAUUUUUAAUAACGGCAUCAAUAAAAUUUCAUUUGACUCUGAUAGUGGACUUUGAAGAUCGCAGUAUUAUUGCGAGAUUGAUGUGAAAAUAAAUUUAUUACUAGUCUUUAUCUACUCUUUUGAUAUAUUAUUGUAAUGAUAAGGAGUGAAAACAAAAGUUUUGUAACUCUUGUAAAUGAAGAAUUGACGUUUUGCAAAGAAAACAAAAAAAAUGGUUCGAAAGAUUUAGUACGGGUGUAAUUGUUAAUAAAUUAAUGACAUGAGUGAGUGACGUAAAAAUUUGUUUUAGUGAUCCUAAAACGUCAAAUAUUUGAAUCAGCCAGCCAAUCAUAUUUUUAUUUCAAUGCAAACUCUACGGAAAAAAAGUAGUCCAUGCAAAUUCAAAAAGGAGCCUACCCGAUUUCUGGGGGAAGGAAUAUCAUUCAAGGCGAAGCUUAUUGGAAUUUUGGAAGUAUCAGAAGCGCGAGGUGAUCGAAUGUGCCAAGCGGCUCUUGCCGACCUGAAAAUGGCGAUAAGAGCAGCUGGAGAACAUAAGCAACGUAUUAUAGUCCAAAUAAGUAUCGACGGAUUACGCCUGCGGGAUGAAAAGUCAGGGGAGUGCCUCUACCACCAUCCAGUUCAUAAGAUCUCUUUUAUCGCACAAGAUAUGACCGAUUCACGGGCUUUCGGUUAUAUUUUUGGAUCUCCUGAUACCGGUCAUCGAUUUUUCGGCAUAAAAACUGACAAAGCUGCAAACCAGGUUGUCAUAGCCAUGAGAGAUCUCUUCCAAGUGGUCUUUGAAUUAAAGAAAAAAGAAAUUGAAAUGGCAAAGCAACAUAUUGAGCAAAACGUAGUCAAGUUUCAUACGAGUGGCAUUUUUGUUGAACCUGCGCCAGAUACUAAGGGUGCUGCUGAAAUUGAAAGCUGCCAUCAACGUCAGAGAUCUUUGAGUAUUGAGAUUGAGAAGUCUGCGGACAAAACUUCUGAUACCAGAAAUGGUGUAAUAGCUGAUCUUCUUGACUUACAGUUUGAAUUAAAUUCUUUACAGCAAGGAAUCCAUCAAAUGGAUAAAAUCACACCGGAAAAUUGUCCCUUAUCGACUGAAGAUCCUUCAGAAACUGACCCUUUUGGAGAUUCAUUUAUAAAUCUUAAGAUAAAAGAAUCUCUUCAACCGAUAUUGCCUCCUCCUCCAUCAUGUGUAAAACGUGGAGUAACAGAGCGUCAGCCCUCUGAACAGAUGUCAUCUCUGACAACUUCAAGUCCGGCAACCGUUAUGCCAAAUACGAUUACUCAAUCAUCAGGAGCUUGGUCAGAAAAGGAUGUAGACAAGCAAUUCAAUGACUUUGAAAUUACAAAGAUUACCGCAUCAAGCUCAGUAAAUGACGAAGAAAGAGAAAAUGAGAUUUCACCGUUCACACUCAGACUUCGAAAUGACAGCCCCCAAAUAGACGUCUUCACAGAAUUAGACCCACUAGGAACAGGCUUAAGUAAACCUUAUAUAGACAAAAAAGAUUUUUUCCAAAAUUUGAAGAACCCUCCUAAAAAAAUUCUUAAAGACUUGGUGACAUCGAGCUUAAACGAAAUUUUUCCUACUACGUUUCAUCUUUCUACUAAUUCAUUGGAACCAACAUGUUCGAAUGAGGAGAAAUUAACUAAUGUAAUUGAAUGCGAUAACUUUGCUGAUUUCGAUCAUUUUGAAGCAUUGGAUAAUGAUUUUUCCUCGAAAAAACCAUCGGUGCCUGAAGAAAAACCGAUUAUCAUACAAAAUCAACACUUAUCAGUUAAUUUACCACCUGAAGAAUGCGUGACUACCAAACUCGUAACAAAUAAAGCUCUUGAAAAAUUAGAAAACGAAAUUUCUCUGCCACCAAAAACUUUACUCCAGACAUCUAUUCACACUGAAUAUCAUUCUAUUGACAAAAAAGAAUUUGAUAUCGAUUCAUCGAUCACAUGUAAAAUUGAACGUAAACAUUUUUCAAGAGAAUUUUCAUCUACAAAUGAUUCACCAGCUUCUCCAUUACGCUCCUGUUCAUCAGAAGCUAAUUCUCGACUAUCCAGUUCUAGUGCAGAACUCGAAUGUGUUCCGGAACCACCCCCACGUAAUGCUGGAUGUGUUGUUAUCAAUCCACCACCUCUUCCACCAAAGAAGCAAGCAGGCAAAACGGAUGCUCAACCACCACCAAUACCACCACACAUUGAGAGCCGCUUUCAAUACGAUUUUAUUCAAUGUGAAAGAUCCGCGAUAUCUCCAAUAAAUACAAGUGGGAUUGAAAAUAUGAACGGAAUAAGAACUAAUCAUCCAUUUGAUAAUAAAGAAAUUCAAGCUUUAUCGAAAGCUCAAGAGUCACAAGAAUCGGAAAAUACUGAUGUAUUUUUUUCUUUAAAAUUACAAGAAUCAAUUAGAGCAAUAACUCCUUCUAACUUAUCCUCAAUUUUGCAAAAUUCACAAAUAAACGUAGAUGAAUAUAGAACGAAAUCGGCGUUAAAUUCCACUCUAUCUCAACUCGCAUCUUCGAAUCUUAGUGAUUUGGCAGCAAGCCUAAAUAUGACUGUUUCGGAAUUAACUAAUCUGACGUUACAUCAGUUAACAAAGUGCUUAGCAAACUAUUCCCUCGAAGGAAUAUAUCCUUUUAUAUCUGGAGAACCAAAUUAUAUAUCUAAAUCGUUGAAUGAAAACGAUAAAUCUUUAUACGCAGAAAAACUUAAGGGAGAAUCCAAAUCACAAGGAAAUUUUUCGAAUGACAAAUAUGCAGCUAUCCGGGAAAUAUUGGAAAUUGACCAAACAAAAAAUAAUGACAGCAGCAAUAUGAAUGAAAAAAUUAAUAAUUUCAAUAAUGAACAACCGAACGCACAGGAAAAUGACGAUAGGGAAGAUAAAUCGAAUUUGAAGUUGAACAUUGAAGUUAAUGAAAAGUCUUUAUUUUAUCAUUUACCAAAUGAAAAAAAUCAGUCAACGGAUAAAGAAUUAAUAGUAGAGAAAAAAAGAAAGGAAUCUGAAAAAAGUACAGAUGAUAUUCCGAAUAAUGAAAGUCAGUAUACGAAGUCUGAAAUGGACAAAAAAUUUUACGAAUAUGUAAAUAAUGCAAAGCUUAAAGAACCAUCGCCAGAAAAAAAUAAGUUGAUUUCGUCGUCUCUGAAAACUGAUGGCAGUAGAGUUAUAAGUGGCGUUGAAACAAUCUCUCCUUCAACCGCUUCGAAUGAUAAGUAUGCAGCUUUAAGAGAAAUUAUCAGUGAAGUUGAAUCAAUAAACUGCGAAUUGAGAGAAAAACCAGGUUCUUCCUUUCGGAAUUUAGAUGAAUCGAUGAAAACAAGUACUGAUGAAGACCUUAUGAAUCUAUUUUCCGCUCCACAGUCUCCAUCCUUAGGCAUGACAAAAGGGAAUGUAAAAGAUUCGAGUUCGACAGCAAAUAUUACCAACAGAUACGAGAAAAUCGAAACGCCUAACAAAUCAUCGAUAUGUACACACGCGAUGGAGUCACGAAACAUUGGAUUCGAUGAUGUUUUUCAUCCUUUCUCUGAAUCAAAACAAGUAGCUAAAGAUCCUACGAAUAAUGAAAACUGGGCAACUUUUGAUAUAAACGUUUGUAAGUCCGAAAAACAAUACGGUAGUCACAAUUCAUUAGAAGGAAAUUCACCCUGGUCGCCUGAUGAAAGUAAAUUUCAUAAACUAUCCAGAACAUUCAUUGCAAGACAGUCCACGGGAAGUGAUAAUGAUUGGAAAGAUGAUGAAGAAAGUGAAGAAAGCAAUGAUCGGUUCAGAAACGAGAGGUUCCAUGCUGUGAAAAAUCCAAGAUUAGAAGCCGGUUGUGAAAAUGUUAUAUGCUACAAUGACGGAAUUGGAAUAAUAGAAAAAGAGAGGUACUACAGGGGGAGGAUGAAUAAAAAACCACACGAUGGUCUCUGGACAAAGUAUGGUCAUCGGAUGAAAUCAGAAUCUAUACCAUGGUGUGACGAAAGCAAGUGGGAAGAAGAACAUCGAAAGUGUACAGCGCGGAAAACGUAUUUUGAUGAGGAUAAUGACAGAUUAUCCCAUUGGAAAUGUUGCAACAGUCAAGCAAUACCUUGGAAUGGAGAUAGACCAAUGUAUCCAGGCAACGAUUUGUUGUACGAUAACAAUCGAUGUAACAGGCGCAAUAAACCUUGGAACGAUGAUGACAGAGAGAGAGAUAGAUUUAGUAGUCAGGAAAGUAUGGAAUGCGAAGAUGAAGAAAGAUGGCCAAGAUAUGAAUUCGAAAGGAGACGAAGAGAAGAAGAUAGUAGAUUUUGGGAAAGAUAUGGUGCACCAUCAGAAAGUGAUUAUUCCGCUCUCUAUCGGAAGUACAAUCAUCAUUACUGCAGAGACAGCAGAGAACAAUUACAACUCGAUUAUUCUCUAGGUUGGGAAAAAGAUUAUCUUGAUCGUGCUGAAAAUUCUCGUAGACAUCCCAUACGUAAACGAUGUUGGCCGAAAAGACCAAAUAGUGCAAAUGAUGAGCGGAAUACUGAUUUGCUGUAUGCAGAACCAAAUAUUAAAUAUGGUAUUUCAAGAUCUGAGUGCAGUGAUAAUGAUUCCGAGUUCUAUCGAUUUCCCUACAGGUCCAGAAGUAGAGAACAUUGUUGGGGAAUCGAUCAAGAGUUUGAAAGUUGGAACGAAAGAACUUUUCGCUCAGAGGGACCAGGUAUGAAAAAUAGUACAAAUUACUGCAAAAAAACUAAUAGGCAUAAACUACCCUCAAAGAACGUAAUUAAAUCAAGAAAAUCACCAUUCGAAGACGAUUUCACUCAAACCAUAGAAAAUAAUUUGCCACCCGUUCAAUUAACAGAUCAAGAUAGUAAAAUUGAACUAGACAUUUUUGAUGGGAAUAAAAUUAGCAGCCUGAUGAGUAAAGGAGAAUUUGAAAGAAGUAACUCUAAAACAUAUGAAAGGCCUCUCGAACUUAACGAAGAUUCGUCGCCCAUGAGAAUCUCUCCGAGCGAGAUUCUAGAAAAACAACUGGAUCCAGACUCCAAAUUUACCCUUAAAGAUAGUCGACACAAUCUCAAAGACUCCCUUGCCACUAGUAAUAGCACUUCUGAUAGUGGUAUUCAAAAUUCGUUUCUCAACGGAGAAUCAAAACGUUCUGAAGAUAGUUUUACUGUAAAAUCGAUAACACCUGAAGAUUCAUUUCCUGAUUCAUAUGAACUGACGGCAAAUAACUUGAAGCAGCUCAAGUAUGCAAACAAUAAAACAAAAGAAGGUCUUGAUAUUAAAAAGUCUGAAUCAAUUAACAUAUUUAUAAGAGAAAACGAUCCGUUUGAUGACGAUGAAUUUUUCAAAUAAUGUAUGUUUAACAAUAAAACUAAUUAAAUUUUGUUUUGAAAAAAUAAAAGUUUUAAGUAAACAUUUCGAAUUCAUUUACAACGCAUUCUUAAGUGUUUGUAUAACGUUUGUAUUUUUGAUAUUUUGUUUCAUUUAUGGGUUUUUCAUUGUAAAACAAUUAACUUAUCAAGUUUAUUGUGAUUCAAAUUAUGAAAUAAUCUUAAAGAAUGAGUCGGUAAGAUAAAAUUUUAAUGGUAAGUGAUAUUUCAAUAUGCCGGGAAAACUCAGAUAUCACAUGCCGAAAAAAAUGUAAAAUAUAAAUUAUUGACUAAUUUGAUAAUUAAUAUUGAGAUACAAAAUCCUUAUAGCAAUACAAUAUUGGUAUGUAAUAAUAGUAAGUAUUUAGUGCAGCUUAAACAUAAAGAUAGCUAAAAUUCAAUUUUAUUAAAUAAAAUCAAUUUAAAAUUUAGUAUCGGAAAAUUUCAUCUCAGUUUAAACUAAGUACAAAAGAAAAUGAACUUUAUUAUACUUUCCAAAACUAAUUGGAUCAAUAUUUCAAGUUUAAAUAUUCAAAAUCAAUUGAAGUAAACCAUUUUAAAGACAACACCCUGUUUAGAAAAUCUCAUAGAAUCCAUUAGAUUCUCAUAAAUUCCCAUAUAAAUUUUAUAAGAAUGAAUGAGUUCUAUGAGAAGUGCUAUAGUUAAGUAUAGGGCCUUAUACAUACAGCUAUAAGAAUCUAUCGGAUUUUUUAAGCAGGAU